CGAUGGUCCCUGAAGGCAGCCGUAGAGGAGGAAGGAACCCUGGCAACGCUGUCACAAAGCUAAUGUUAUCCUGAGCGCAGUGAAUGCAUCACCUUUGUCAGCAUGCAUUUCAUUGUUAAUUCUGUCUUUCUGCUUUUAAUCCUCACUUCGUAGCUCUCGUGUUCACAUCUUUAACAUGGAGUUCUUCAACGAGCCAAGCUAGCCUUGAGGCCACACUCAGUUAAAGCAGACCGAGUCGUUAGCUGGAGCUGGAUCCGUGAAUAUGGCGAUUGUGUCUGGAUCCUGUGCCAGAGUGAACGGGUCUAGAAACGGGCCGUCUGUGUCCGCUACUCCUUCUGGAUCUGUGGCACAGUCUCAGCCUAUGAUAGCGGUGUGGGAAUGGCAGGACGACCUGGGUUACUGGAGGCCUUACAGCGGCCAGGUGAGCGCUCACAUCGAGAGGAGUCUGGCUCCGCGGGGCCACCGAGGAGGAGGACCCGGCUCGACGAGCAUCUGCCUCGGACAGUCAGACCCCAGCCUGUCGCCUUAUCUCAUAGACAUACCGAGCCUGAAACAGUUUCGACAGGACACAGGAAAGACUCGAUCUGUGCGUCGCUCUCUGUUCGCUCAGUCCUCAGGCCUGGGCAGUGGUGUUUACUGGGAAUGGGCGAAUGAUGAAGGAGGAUGGACUCCAUAUGAAACUCGAACCUCGAUCCUUUUAGAGCACAGCUAUCAGGCCCGCCAAGGCACGGCAGACCUGGGCCCUCAUGGAUAUAACUACAUCGUGGAUCUUACAUCUCUGGCCCAGGUUAACAAAUCCACCGGCUUCAGGCGGCAAGUCAGACGGCAGUGCAACCUCCCCUACCCACUGGCCUCCUCUGGCCCUCCGGCCAUCCCCUCAGGCCCUGCUUGCUCCUGCCAGCAGUGUUUGAGCCACACCAGCACAGGACCCAUGCCCAGCCGUUCACGACACUCCUUUUCAUCUGGCAGUCUGAACCGACCCAGUCUGCAGGGGACGGGAAGGGCUGUGACUGCUCACCCCGCUUCUGUCUACUCACCGUACCCCAGGAGACCCCUCUCUGUCGGGGGGAUGUCCUGGGGCAGCCCCUGGCCUCCCCCACCCUCUGGUAGUCAACUGCCUCCACCGCUUCUGAGCAGCUCCGGCAGUGCCAACGGGUUAAGUGUUCCCUCCAUCCCUGUGCAGCUGAACGGAUCCACCAGUGUGAGCUCCGCCCUGGCAGGCAUGGCCUCCAUUUUGAUGUCAGCAGUGGGACUCGGCGUGCACUUCACAUCUGCCCCCCUCCCUCAGCAGCAGCAGCAGCAGCAGCAGCAGCAGCAACAACAGCAGCAGCAACAGCUACAGCUACAGCAUCAGCUACAGCAGCAACAGCUACAGCAGCAUCAGCAACAACCUGCUCCUUUUUCUCUUCCUCCUCCUCUCCUCCCCCCAGCCAGCAGGCCCAGCAACCCCCCCAGCAGCAGCAGCAGCAGCAGCAGUACAGUUAGGAGAGCAAAGAGGCAGCACAGGAGAGCCUCUGCUCAGAGACCCGAGGAGGUGAUUCAGCGGUACAUGGAGGUCGUGGCUGGAGUACCUGAUGAGGACUGCAUUAUCUGCAUGGAUCAACUGUCCAACCCGUCUGGCUACGAGACAGCUUCCACAGAGGAGGGGAGCCAAAGCAUCCUGCCAGACACUGUGGGGAAAUUCAUCAAGUGUGGACACACACUGCACAUGCUCUGCAUGCUGGCCAUGUACAACAACGGAACAAAGGACGGCAGCAUGCAGUGUCCCUCGUGUAAGACAAUCUAUGGAGAGAAGACCGGCACACAGCCCAAAGGGAAGAUGGAGAUUUACAGCAUCGCCCAGUCUCUGCCAGGUCACCCAGACUGUGGAACCAUCCAGAUCAUUUACAGCAUACUGCCUGGUAUACAGGGCCCCGAGCAUCCCAACCCGGGACAGCCGUUCACCUGCAGAGGCUUCCCUCGCUUCUGUUUUCUACCGGACAACGACAAGGGCAGGAAGGUGCUGGAGCUGCUGAAGGUGGCGUGGAUGCGUCGCCUCAUCUUCACUGUGGGAACCUCCAGCACCACCGGCGAGCCCGACACGGUGGUGUGGAACGGCAUCCACCACAAAACAGAGAUGAUGUCCAACCUGUCGGGCCACGGCUACCCCGACCCAAACUACCUGGACAAUGUUCUGUCUGAGCUGGCCUCUCAGGGCGUCACCGAGGACUGCCUCAAAGCUCCAGGCGGCGGCGGUGGCGGCGGCAGCAGCAGCAGUUAGGUUCCAGCUCCACCCGUGUCCUCUCACUGCUGAAUUAACCCUUUGUUCUCCACCCUCUGCAGACAGGUGGACCUCCUGCAAUCCCCGCCUGUUAAUGUCAGUUAAUAUCAACAUCUGCCCAAACCUCAUUGAGUGAGCGAAGGGGAGGAGACGUGAGCGGAAUAAAGAGCUUCUCUGGAAGAACGCAGAGUACUUCAUGCUCCACUACAUUCCUGCUCAUCACAUAUUUCAGGAGACUGAACUCAGAGAGAAACGAGGCUCCUCAAACGCCGGGCCUCUUUUAUCCACGCUCCACACUCUGGAGAUUUAGUGUUUUUGUUCUGUUUUUCCAUCAAAAGCCUCAUCUGUAUCCCCUCGUCUAGUUUCCAUGAGAAUGGCAGCUCUCAUCGGGGAUAGAAAUCUCAUGAAGCACUUUAGUUGUGACGGUGCAUUUAGCUGACAAGAUGUGAGAUUUUUCUGGUAAAGGGCAGUAAAAACUUGUGUUCAAAAUUGGGAAGUUAUGCAAUUAAUGUGGGAUGGUUUGUGUUUAGCACAAAUACACUGAAACUUUUAGUAGCAAAGUGAGUAUAUAUUAGUGAUUUUAAUGUGAGGGGCAAUACUUAAACGAUGUACAUAUAUACAAAUGUGAGUGAAAAAAGAAAACAGGAAAAUCAAGUUGUGUCUACAUGGAGGAAAAUCAAGGUGUGCAUUUUUUAACAUUUAAUCCCACUUCUGAUUGGAAUAAGUUUUAUUCCCUGAACUGAUUUGAAGUCUAAUGCACCCUCAUUCAUUCAUUAAAAACAGCAGAAAAUGAACCAACAGGCAUUCUCUGGACAUUAGUUUUGUCACUUAACAUGUAAGUUUGUGUUGUCAUGUGUGUGAGGAGGGACGUGGUUGUCGUAUAUAUCUUGACAACCUCCAAUCUUUUGUCCAGACGGAUGGGAAGGACCACUGACAAGAAACACAAGAAGCUCUGGUUAGGAACAUUUUUCAGUGUGACAAUCAAGGUCUUGAACUCGUCUUGAUUAAACAAGACACGUGAAGCUGGAGCGAGGAGCAUGUUGAUGUUCCUGUCAGCUAUAAGCUCCCCUCCUGUAUCCACACGCAUUAUUCUGCUCACAGAGCUGCAGUACUGUCUGACAUGUAUACAAGCAAAACUGAAAAAAUCUGCAAUAAAGAAAUAAGGCAAAUGAA